AUGUUUGAUAUUUGUACAAGUAGUUUUAAUCUCAACUCUGUUCGUCAUGACAGUGAUACUGCUCCAUUACAAGCUUUUAAUAAUAAUAUUGUAUCGUCAAUGACAUAUAUUAUUGAAAUUGAUGGAUUAACUGCUAAUCAAAAUGAAGUCGCAACAACAUUUAAUACAGCUAAUGAACUUACUAUCAAACGCCAAUCUCAUGAUCUUCGUCUUAAUGGUUUAUUAAAUCCAUGGUUAUCCAUGCUCAAUCUUAUCAAUAAUAAAAAUGACCUUGUUAAAACUUAUGAUUGUAAAAUAAAGGAUUUUAUUAAUGACAUCGAUCGAUCAGUAUUACUAUCAUGGCAUGGUUAUCUCGAAUUAUUUGAUACUGCAUUGAAAAAACUACCUAGCCUUCAAAUCAGCUUAUGGCGUGAUAUCGAUGGUGACAUUAGUAAGAAUUACAAAGAAGGUGAUGAAAUAACUUGGUGGUAUUUUAGUUCAUGUUCAUCUACAGUUAAAGUCAUCAAACUGUUUCUUGGAUCUGUAUCGGCAUUGCUCAUGGUAGAAGCGAAAAAUGGAAAAGCAAUAUCAGCAUAUAGUAACUUUCCACAAGAAAAUGAGGUUGUUCUUCCAUUGGAUGCUAGACUUCGUGUUAUUAGUGAUACACUAGAUGAUGCGUCAUUAGCCGUGAUCUAUUUGCACGAAUUGACUGAUGAAAAUGAUCAAGAAUUAACAUUAUCACGGGCAAAUAUGGACGUCGCUACAGUAGUGAAUCCAUCAGUGGGUGAGUAA